AUGAGUCAGGAUGCGACCGGGACCAAGGAGCCUGAUGAGGUAGAAGCAGCCGUUCGUGUUCCUAACACUAAACUCAACAGAUUCGUGCAGUUUUUUGACGGUGGAUGGGGAGAAGAGGGGGCUUACCAGGAGAAAAAAAGCCCAGCCACGAAUCUCGACAUGAUAGACACAAGUCUGGUAGACAUAGAUCACGAGCUUGCCAAUGUGCCGCGUGCUUUCACUGACACAGACGCUAAAAAGGUCUUCUAUCGGACUUCUGUUUUCCUUUCUGUUCCUCUUCUUACUCUUCUACUCUUUGCUGGGUUUGAUGUAUACCAAGCGUUGUCCCAAAGCCCAGAGGUGGGGAAGUACGAGAUACGAAUUCUUCAGGGGAUGAAGAUAGGCAGUCUUAUGACUGAGAUACUGAGGGAGCAAUCCUUCACCUACAUGUACGUUAUGGAUCACUCUCAUUCAAACCUGAACAAACUCCGGCACGCCCAGAGAGAAACAGAUAAGCGAAUAGACGAGCUAUACAGAACGGGUUUCCCAAAGUACCUCACUACAACCAACCCUCACGAAUAUAUCCUCUACACUGCAAUGGAGAAAGAUAUCGAGUCUGAUAACCUACAAAUCAGUAACACCAGUCUUGAUCUUCUGCAGAGGAAAGAGGACGUAUUGGCCAAGUUCAAAGAGAUAAGAGUACCACCGAUAAUCAACUCUACCCUGUACGUGAACUCCUACUACACCAAGGUUAUGGAGAUUCUGGUGCAGUCAGUUGUGUACACUUUCAGCGAAGGUUUCUACUUUUUGGAUCAAUCGUUUCAAAUUCUCGUGUUAACAAGAGUUUUAUAUAACAUAUAAACCCAAGAUGCACUACAUGAAGAAUUCGUUGUAACUUUGUUUGAAAAGCAUUAAUAUGUAGUGAAUCCUAUUUCCU